AUGAGUAAAAGAACAGCAACCCAAAAUUCAUCUGAAGAAAUUUCAAAUUCACCAGCAACAAAAAAUAAUCAUGAAUUUAAGUUUUCGUUGGAUUCGUUGUCAGCAACAACAAAAACAACGCCAGCUUCGUGUCCAACGAAUCUACAUUUUGUUUCACAGAAUGAGCUUGGAAAACUUCUUAAACUUAAAACUGCCAAUAAUAAUAUCAAUAAUGUAACUUUCGAGAAUGCUACUACAUCUUUAGCUGAAAAUGAUUCAACACCACACCCGACAAUAACACAAUUACCCUCACAACCAUAUCUUCGUAAGAUUGCUAGACCUGUACCACCCUCAUUGAACACUAACAUCAAUCAAUUAAUAUUAGCAAAUGUUUCUGGAAUUAGUGAUAAUAAUUGCAAUAUCGGUUGUAAUAAUAAUCUUUCUAAUUCUUUAUUCGAUAGUCCUGAUGAUGCGGUUGUAUCAGGUCAUCGUCGUAGGGAUAGCAAUGUUUCAGCAAUGUCUGUUCAAUUAUAUGACAUAGGGUCAGGUCAUCGUCGUAGAGAUAGUAAUGUUUCAAAUAUAUCGAUGCAACUUGACACACCAACUCCAUCUAGUGGAACUGAAUCUGGUAAUGAAGAAGAAUCCAAGUUUGCCUUUUUCCCAUUUGUACAAAAAUUAUUUACAUCAACCUCAAGGCCAAAUACACCUACAACUCCUCCACCUUGCACCAUAAAGACAACCAAUUCUCCAUUUAUUACUACAAAUCCUCAUCAACGCAUAAGAAGAAUGAGUUUAGAUAGUUCUAACAGUGGAACACAUGUCUCGAGUGACCAGAAAACUGAUAAACAAUCGCCAAUACACCGCGCUGUUCGUUCUAGAAGAGCAUCACUUUUACCAAAAUCAAAAUCUUUUCAACGCGUUGUUAAUGAACUACAAGAAGAGGCCCGACCAAUUGAAACUGAAAUAAAGCAGGAAUACAAGACUACUAAAGUACUCAAAAAUGAGCACGAUGUUUCUAUGGAUCAUGCAAAAUUACCCGAGGAAUUUUUAGUAAAUUGGAUUAAAUUCCGAGAUAUUCAACCUUCUCCACCACCUUAUGCAUCUUCUAAAUUGAAUCCUGAAAUUGAUAUAUUAUUUCGUCAGGAUACACCUUCUCCUACAUCCUUGGCUGGACCAUGGUCUGUAUCUGGCCGCUCUAAACGAAAAGCUUCAGAUGAUAGAUUUGAACCAUAUUUUAAUCCUAAAAGACGUGCAGUAUCACCAAGUUUAGUUGGGUUAACAGCAAAGGGAAAUCUAAGAGGGAAUAGUAAUUUAGUGAAUAUACAUGAUGCCAAUGGAAGUUUUAGUCGAUUAAAUUUAAAUAAUACGUGGAAACUUGAUCGUAAAUUAUUAAUAGUCUGA